GAUCAGCUCUCCAUCAUGGCCUGGUCUCUGCUCUUGGCUUUCUUCUUCUUAUGGUGCACAGAAGCCAACUCACAGUAUACCUUGACUCAACCUGCCACACUAUCGUUUCCUCUGGGAGAAACAGUAAAGAUCACAUGUACCAUGAGCCGAGACAGCCAAGUGGGCAGUUAUAACAUACAUUGGUACCAACAGAAGGCUGCAGAGAGCCCCAAAUACCUUCUCUAUAAUACUGGCAGCAACGACCGGUUCACGGGGUCCAAGGACACCUCUGCCAAUGCGGCCUAUUUAACCAUUACAAACACCCGGAGUGAGGAUGAGGCUGUUUAUUUUUGUGGUGGUGGCUACGGCAGUGGCAGCAACUGGAGGAGGGUGUUCGGAGGAGGAACGCAACUACUCGUCACAGGUCUGCCCCCCGUAUCGCCUUUGGUGCAAGUCUUUGCUCCCACCCAGGAAGAGAUCCGAAGCCCAAACCCAUAUACAGUGGUGUGUCUCCUAACCGAUUUUUACCCACCUGCUUUCGAACUGCAGUGGAAGGGUGAUGAUCAAGUGAUAAGAUCUGGAGUGGAGACCACCAAAGCCAGCAAGCAAGGGGACAAAUAUCUUGCCAGCAGUUACCUGAGAUUGACGGCAGCCGAAUAUCAAGGUUAUAGAGAUUUCACCUGUGAAGUGACACAUGAAAGUAAGACCAUUGCAAAGACUGUGUCGAAAUCUGAAAGUUGUUAAUUCUAUCAAUGAAUUCCUUUCCUGACUCCAGGAAGGAAAAACGAGUCCCUACUCCUGGGCUCUCAUUCAUUUGUUCCUAAACUUAGUUCGAUCAAUAAGAUCUCUUAGUACCCCAUGUAGUUACACCCUUCGUAUCCCCUCCAUGCCUUCCCCCUUCAAAUCGAUCCCCCCCCUACUUUGACCUCUUAGAUUCUACUGUCAGCAUAUUAAUAAAGAUGGAUGUAUUUCAUUGGUGUGAC